GCGAUCUUCCGAGGCGAUUUCAAGCGCUUGCUCAUGUCGGGUGUAGAUGUGGAAGCUGGCCUGGAUUACUGGAAUCAGCAGCCAGCGAGCAACGACGGUGUUCUCGGCGGAUUUGGAACUGGGACUCUGCCUCGCGUAGAAAGUCUGGGGUCUCGAUUAUUCCUGCUGCAUUUACUUCCCGAACUCAGCACAGUACCCUCUGCCUUUCGGCCCCUUAAUCCUCCCCCAUCGCGUCGAACUCGCGCACUCGAUGUCGGAGCGGGCAUUGGACGCGUAACUGGAGAUGUUUUGCUGCAUCUUUUUUCCGAUGUCGUCUUACUCGAGCCAGCGGAGCACUUUAUACGCGCUGCUAUUGACCGUGGCCGGGCCAGUCAAUCCCCAACCCCCAACGAGCCACAUCCAUGGAAGGGCAUCGCUGAGGGCUCAAAAAGCGUCACGUUUUUGCAAGGAACACUCCAGGACUUCGACCCGGCUCGUCCCCAUCAUGCGAAUAUGCUCGAACGCGUGGGAUAUGCACCGGAGAAAACGGAUGCUGUUUCUGGCUUCGAUGUUAUCUGGUGUCAGUGGUGUCUUGGCCACCUCGAUACCGACGAUUUGGUCGCUUUUUUUCGCCGGAGCCACGCUGCUCUCCGCGAGAAAGACCGGAGUCUGAUUGUGGUCAAGGAAAAUCUAUGUUCAGACGCGCCAGACGGGUCAGCAGUCACGAUCCUCGACGAUCAAGACUCCAGUCUUACCAGGUCUGAUAGGGCGUGGAAAGACGCGUUUGAGGCGGCAGAUUUGACUCUGGUGGAGGAGCGUGUUCAGGACGGUCUUCCAGAGGGCUUGUACCAAGUGAAAAUGUAUGCACUUCGUUAG